AGCCUUGCUGCAGCAAGCCUCCAGCUCAUGGUCUCUCGCUAAGGACCAAGAGACGUUGGUGUGCAGGAGAUUCAGUGCGUGUGUUUGUCAUUCCCGUGUGGAUUUUUUUCAAAGACAUUGUCAUCUGUGUAGAAGCCAGUUUCAAUCUCUGGGUUCUACCCCUUGCCCUGCUGGCAGGGCAUUGAGCGGCACCCGUUGCUGGCCACCUGGGUGCGGAGAUCGAGGAGGGUGAAGGGAGGCGCAACCCCGAGCAUCUGCCAUUCAGCUCCAUCUGAUCUAGAGUAAUUCCAGGAUGGAGCGAAUCAGGCAGAUGCUCAGGAGGAAGGCCGGGCAGGUGGCUCCACAGCCAGAAGAAGACAUCAGCCAGCCUGCCCAGGUGGAGAGCGGCCCCUCUGUCCCCGCAGGCGGGGAAGAGGCUCGUGGCCAGGGGAAAGAGAGGAGCUGCUUCGCCUGCUGGAGGAGGCGGAAGACAGCAGCUCCUCUAGCUGAACCUGAGGCACCUUCUGGGCCGAAACGGAGAUGGCCUCGGGUUCAGCUGUGGAGCAGAGAGCCAGGGAAGGGCAGGAGCUGGGGACGACAGCUCUGGGGCUUCCUUUUCAGGAAGCCAAGGAGCCAGGAGCUGCGCCCCAGGGCCCAGCAGGAGCUGCCAACCACCAUGGCAGCUGAGGGUCCCUGCGCCAGCCCAACCCUGGCCCUGGAGGAGCCUCCCGCCAGCCCCACCCUGGCCCCAGAGGAGCCUCCUGCCAGCCCCACCCUAGCAACGGAGGAGCCUCCCGCCAGCCCCACCCUGGCCAUGGAGGAGCCUCCUGCCAGCCCAGAGCAGGAGUUCAGCGACUGCAGCGCGACAGACACCAGCAGCUCCGCAUUCUCCUGCGGGGCCAGCAGCUCCUCCGUGGGGUCUGGGAGCCCUGUCUUUGAAGGCUCCCUCUUUGGAGACACCCCCAGUGCCCAGGUGUCGUGGCCUGAGGAGGAGGAAGAGGAGAAGUGCGAGGAGGAGGAGGAGCAGGAUCUGUGCCCUGAGGAAGACAUCAUCUUGGUGAUCCAGCAGCACCUGCAGGGCAGAGCUGAGGCUCUGCACAACUGCUAUUCGCGGAGCCUGGACACCAUCCUCAGGGGCCAGCUAACAGAGACCCCCACCAUGGAGAAGCUGCAGCACCUCCUGGAGCAUGUCCAUUGCUCUCUCCUGUCAAACAACACCCAGGAGAGAGCCAGGGCCAUCCAGACCAGCUCCAGUUUGCCACCUCCCUGCCUGGAUUUGACACCUCCUCCGCCUUCUCCAUGGCAGGUGAAUUUGUGCUGCAGCUGGGUCUCUGGAUAUCCCACCCAGCCAGUGACAUCAGUCGGCAUGCCAGGGGUGGGAUAUACUGGCUGCACAAGCUCCUGCUUCAGAAGAGGGGGCUCAACACCAGAGAGGCCCCAGACCUGUGGUGCCAGGACGGGCUCCAUGACCCCGAGUGCCUGGGGUAUAGAAAUCUGGCCAGGGUGGGAGAGGUCUUUGGAGAUAUAUUCACCGAAGACCAGAAGAGCAGUUUCCUCCAGGCGGGCCUGCUGGCCAUCCACCACCCCCUCCUCCGCGUCAGCCAGGCUGGCCUGGUUCUGACCUAUUCCACCUUGGGGGAAGCCGGCCAGCUGCUAGAGGACGAGCCUCGCUCCAGGCCCUCCACCCACCCGCUCCAGCCCUGCCUCCUCCUCCUCCUGAUCUUCCCCGACACCUUCAAUUUUGACUACAUGGAUUCGACUUUUGCGUGGAUAUGGACUUUGGCUUGUACUUCUGACCACCC